UUUCAUUCCUUGUCUUGAUUCUGUAGUGGUCCGGUUUUCUUUUCCACUAUAAUCAAAAUUUUGGACUCUCUGUCACUCAGUGCAUUCUCCACUAUGGCUUCAUCUUACUCUCCUUCCUCCUCUCUUUUCUCCCUUUCCAACUUUAAUAUUCUUAUCAUAGCCUUAAUCCUUCUAGCUACAACUGCAAAUCCAGUUCUAGGAUCAUAUUACAAAUCCAUCUUUAGCUUCGGAGAUUCUCUCGCUGAUACCGGAAAUGGACUCUACUCCGAACCAAAUGAAUAUAUGGCCAGAUUACCCUAUGGAGAGACCUACUUUCAUCGCGCUACUGGUCGGUUCUGUGAUGGUCGUGUAGUUCUUGAUUUCAUUGCCGAUGCUGUAGGACUGCCGCUGCUACCGCCAUAUCUUGGAAGCAGCAAUAAGGAUUUACGUCAGGGGGUGAACUUUGCCGUUGGGGGAGCUACAGCUUUGGAUUCUUCAUUUUUUGAAGAAAGAAAGAUUAAUGUUGUUACCAAUGACUCUCUUGGAGUUCAACUCGAAUGGUUCAAACAGCUCUUGCCUUCCCUUUGCAAUCCAUCUUCAGAUGAUUGCCAUGAAUAUCUUAAAACAUCUCUGAUUCUCAUGGGAGAAAUCGGUGGAAACGAUUAUAAUCAUCCAUUUUUCCAAGGAAGAGGUACAGAAGAGAUUCGUACUUUUGUACCCAAAAUCAUCAAUGCCAUUUCUUUAGCGAUCAAGGAUUUAAUAAAGGAAGGUGCUGUGGCGUUCUUGGUCCCUGGAAACUUGCCAAUUGGGUGUUCAGCCAUGUAUUUAACCCUAUUCAAGAGCCCUAACAAAGAGGAUUAUGAUGAGAGUGGUUGUAUCAAGUGGCUGAACGAUUUCUCUGUGUACCACAACAAAUUUCUUCAAAAAGAGUUGGCUGUCUUGAGAGAAGAAUACCCUAGUUUCAGAAUUAUUUAUGCUGAUUACUAUAAUGUUGCCAUGAAGUUUUACAAGUCUCCUGAAUUAUUAGGAUUUGCGGGAGGAGCUCUGAAGGCAUGUUGUGGAGGCAAAGGUCCAUACAACUGUAACCGAGAUGUUCAUUGUGGAAGUGUUGGUGCAAAAGUUUGUGAUUCUCCAUCAACGUUUGUUAAUUGGGAUGGCAUCCAUUUAACUGAAGCUGCAUAUAAAUAUUUAGCUGAUGGUUUGAUGCGGGAAAAUCACCAAUUCUUCUUCCCCGAAAAUGAUCGCAUCAUUACUACCACAGCCGACCGUGAUCAAGCUCUUUAAAUUUGGUGGUGUUUUUCUUCAUUGGUCUCUUCUCGCAUGCUUGUCCUUGUAAUUUGCUAUAUGUCGACUAGUCAUGAGAGAGAAAAAACAAAACAAUUGAAACUGAUGUGCUGCAUUUGUGAGACAACUGACAACUGAUAGCAUGUAUGUCCCAUUUAACAGUCGAUUGCUGUGGAAUUGGCAAUCAAAAUCAGAAAGUCUAUUUCA